UUUAGGACACAAUUCUCUUUGUAUGUUAUCUAUAAAUAGCAAGGGCCUAUACAUUCUCUAUGCACAUAAAAAAGAAGAAGCAAGAGAGUUUCAUAUAUAGCUAUUGAAGACAUGAACCCUCGAAUGGCUUGGCUCACUCUUCUCUCACUCCUCCUGUUUUCUAUUUCCGUAGAGUCAAGAAAAGAUCCAGGAGAAUAUUGGACAAGUGUUAUGAAAGAUCAGCCAAUGCCAGAAGCAAUCCAAGGCCUUGUUCAUUUGGAUUCAGCGCCAUCUCAACCUACCAAGAAUGCCAACUGUGAUCACUCAUCUAUGGGGACGAGGAACAAGAACCAGCCUUUUGCUGAGGAUUUUGAACCAAGACCCAAUGUCUCAGCCUAUAACGACGAUGAUGUUGGUCAGGAAAAAGAGAAGAAAUUCGUGAAGGAUUUUGAACCAAGACCCGAUAUCACAGCCUAUAACGAUGAUGAUGUUGGUGGGGAAAAAGAGAAGAAGUUUGUGAAGGAUUUUGAACCAAGACCCAAUGUCUCAGCCUAUAACGACGAUGAUGUUGGUCAGGAAAAAGAGAAGAAAUUCGUGAAGGAUUUUGAACCAAGACCCAAUGUCUCAGCCUAUAACGACGAUGAUGUUAGUCGGGAAAAAGAGAAGAAAUUUGUGAAGGAUUUUGAACCAAGACCCAAUCUCUCAGCCUAUAACGAUGAUGAUGUUGGUCAGGAAACAGAGAAGAAAUUUGUUUAGGAUUUUGAUCCAAGACCAGAUGCUAGUAUUUAUCGCGAGUAAGGAAGGAGGAUAAAAUAAAUAUGCAGUUUAACAAUUUUAUGUAAUUAAGAUAUCAUGCCAACUAAAUAAGUAAAAUAAGGGGCAAAAAAAGAAAAAAAGAAAAAGAAAAAGGAAGCUAUAUAUGUACGUGAGAAGGUUACUAUAUAUGUAAAAUUUCUAAGUGUGUGAUGAUGACUAGGAAAAGUGUAGUGUCUGAUGAUGACUAAAUAAAGGUUUUGUGAUGUGUUUAUCCUUUUCCUCCUAA